GUUUUCAUCGAGUCUGAGCCUCCGUCGUCCCGGCUGCGCGUGCGCACGAUUCUUCUUCAAAAAUCCCCCCCGAGGUCCGAACCUUUUCUGCCACAGACGCUCCGCGUUUGACUUUGGAGCAGUGCGUCAUGUAGCGGAUGCGUAUGGUGGAUCUUUUGAGCGGAUAGAUUGCAGUUCGGGGUGCGCGUCUGGUUGUACCGGUGGAGGGAAGGUUGUCCGGUGACCGCCGGGGCGGACAGGCUACCAUGCUCCGGCCGUGGGCUACUACGCUCUGGGUCAUGUUGGUGCUGCUGUGUCGGGCUGUGGCACAGUACUCAAGCGACCUGUGCAACUGGAGAGGAAGUGGUUUGAGCCAUGAAACUCAUCGCAGAGAUGUGGAGCAGGUCUACCUUCGCUGCUCUCAGGGGUCUCUGCAGUGGCUCUACCCCACCGGGGCCAUCAUCGUCAACCUGCGACCAAACAUGGAGCCUUCGUUAGGACGCAUGGCCGAUGUCCACGUGUGCAUCAAGCCUCAAACCUCCUCCCAGGGUUCCCAUGUGUACCUGGAGCAUGAAGGAGAUCUGAGGCUACUGCUUUCAGACAAGGACCAGGCUCAGGGUGCAGUGCGCUGUUUCAGGAUGAAAGAGGGGGUUCUGUUUGUGGAGGCCAUCCCGCAGACAGACAUCAGCCGCAAGAUCACGGCGUUCCAGUAUGAGCUGGUGCCCAGUCAGGGACCAGGGGCCCACAUGUACCCAUACCUCCACCAGGGGUCAGUCACCUGUAAACCCUGCUCAGAUCAAGAGGUCCUCAUGGCUGUUUGCACAAGUGAUUUUGCUGGCAGUGGAGUCUUUCGUGAUGUAACGCCGGGCACAAACAAGCACCCCGUCGUCGCGGUUACUCUGCAUCGGCUGUUUCACCAGAAGAGUGGCUUGUUUGCGUGGGGCGGAGCCAGAGGACGGGGCUGGAGUGGACGGGUUAACGUUCGUGCUCCGUGCGUUGUGCAUCCAGGAGAGCAUGAGUACCUUCUGACUGGCUCUGUGCAUUUUGGGGAGGCUUGGCUUGGCUGUGCGCCUCUCUAUAAGGACUUCUUAAAGCUGUACGCUGAAGCACUUAAUGCAGGAACGAACCCCUGUCACAUAAACACGAACUGAGAUCUGUUGAAGGGAGAGGAGGUUGAGAAUCCUGGAACAUGGAUCAGAGGAGGAUGAGCAGCAGUUCAUCAAAAACUCCUCCAGUGUCGUCUGGACUUUGUUGUCGAAAAGACUGAUUAUGCUGCCUCCAUUUGACAACUCUUGUAAAUUACAAGUGUAUUUCUGUACAGAAGUAGCAGCAAAGGAAUGAUUUCUGUAAAUUGCAGUUUCUGUCUUACUAUUUGUUGUGAUAUUGCUCAUUCUGGAAAUGAAAGUUUGCUUUGUAAAAAGCUUUCUGUACAUUUUUGUCUUCCAAGAGAAGUCCUUGAUAUGCAGCUCUGUGAGUCUCUAUGUACUGGAUUUGAGUGUGAUUUGCAAACGAGUUUAAAUGGCUUUUACUAAUUUCUGAAAAAUAAAUCUGGAGUCUUUUUAUUGACAAAAGGUUCUCUGUUAAUCGGC